AUAAAUAUGUGAUAAGAAUAGGGAACUAAAAGAUGUGUUAGAAACAGUUUUUAAAAAAUAGAUGGGGCGGACCGCCUCGCAGCGCGGCCAUGGGUGCUCCGGGUGGAAAGAUCAACCGACCGCGGACGGAGCUGAAGAAGAAGCUGUUCAAGCGACGGCGUGUGUUGAACCAGGAGCGGCGACUGAAGCAUCGGGUGGUCGGGGCUGUGAUAGACGAAGGGCUGAUCACUCGGCACCACCUCAAGAAGCGGGCGUCCAGUGCACGUGCCAACAUUACUCUGUCUGGGAAGAAGUGCAGAAAACUCCUCCAGCAGAUCCGGCUUGCCCAGAAAGAGAAAGCAGCCAUGGAAGUGGAAGCCCCCUCCAAGCCAGCCAGGAUUAGUGAACCACAGCCCAAAUCGAAAAAGAAGACAAAACCCCCCCAGGAUGUAGACAUGGAGGACCUUGAAGAUAAGAGCUAAGUCUCACACCUUUUCCACCAGAAGAUUCUCAGCUGGAGCCAGGAGGACUCAAUGGUUGUUCCAGAGGACUUCAGAGAAAGCGCUACUCCUUUUCACUCUCCCCAAAUUCCUCUUCCCUAAUAGCCUAGUGAGCUGUCCUGGAGGGAUGUAUUGAGAGGAAGAGGGUAGAAAAGAAAGAUUGGAGAGGGGUUCCUAAGGGGUCAACUCCAUUUGUAAUAAAGCCCUAGUGUUCUCACUGAGAUGUAUGUGAUUAAAUGUAGGAAUGGGGAUGGGCCACGAAAAGGGGCUGUGAGUGUAGAAACAAGAUGAUUGGGAAACGUGACCCACAGUAGUUACUUUAGCAAAGACAACAAGAAGCCAACCUCCAUGAUGGCUCUGUCUCCCCAAUGAGUGACACUCCAAUUUUCCAUUACUGACAAAAACAAGGAUUAUUGAGGAGGUGAGGAUCCUGACACUAGCCCUGCCACCUCCCCUGUCUGACCAGGGUGGACAAGUGAGUGUGGUUGUCUCUGCUUCCUUUGCUGGAUUAUGUUUUUAAUAAAGCGAACAUUAUUCUUCACAAAAAAAAAAAAAAAAG